AUGUUCAAGUCACUCGGCUUGCUGGCCAAGCUUCCGUGUCAUGACCAUGCCAAGGGCGAGUGCGAACGCAGCAGAGCGCUCUGUCCCUUCUCACACAAGCCUGUGCCCGCUGCCCCAGCUGCACUGGCGACAGUGACAUCAACACCAUCGAGCAAUCGUGCCACUCUUUCAGGAGCUACACCUCAACGAACCGCCGCAGCCACUACUCCGACCUCGCCGAAACGAUCAACGCCGGGCUCUUCGACUGUCGUCACUUCCAGCAGCGCGAAUGGAAUCAGCAGUGCCUCCGGCCCGCCGCUCAAGAAGGCAAAGAACGCUUACGCCGCAAGUAAGCUCUCUGGCUCAUCCUCUUCAUCUACAUCAACCUCGACGACAGCAUCGAAGACAGCAAACGGCAGCAUCAACAAAUCCGGUAGCAGUAGCAACGAUUGGUCGCUCGUCAGUCUCAAGCCACCAACUAUAACGUUCAGAGACCACCCGUCAUCCUCGACCAUCCCACUCCCUGCACGCCAGAAGGGUAUCAAAGCAUUCUACGAUGCCUUUAUCGCAGCCUACGAGCCCAUCAUUCAAAGCACAGAUCCAAUUGUAGCAGCCUCUGGUCAGCAGCUCUGCCGGGACCAUGCACUUGCGCAAGAACAGGAACACUUUGCCAAAUCCACCAAGCACACCUACAAGAACAGCUGCAUCACUCUUCUUGUUGGGCUUAAGAAGCGCGACAGCGAGGCCAUGCACGCUGCCGCCGAGGCAGCUGCGAUUCAGGCUCGCACGCAUCAGGGAAAGCCGGACCUGCGCGAAAGAGUUCUGCAGGUGUUAACGGAAUGGUGUACCGAGACAGGAACGACGAUGCAGGUCAAUGAGAAGCGCAAGAGAGCGCAGGCGAGGAGAUCGGGUAAGCUCGAUCGAGCUAGGUUGGAGAACACUGGCUUUGUUUGCCCCGUGGACCAGUUGGAGAAGUACGAGUAUACAGCAAACAUCCCACCUGAAUGGCAAAGCGAAGCAGGAAGCAAACCAGAUGCGACAGGAGAGGUCAAGGAGUGCGAGCGAUGCGGCAAGAAGUUUACUGUUGGUGGCGAACUGAAUGAGGCACGCACGGAGAGGAUACCGCAAAGCCCCAAGGAGUGCAGAUAUCACUGGGGCAAGCGACGCUUCGAGAAGCAAGCUGGAAUCAAAGGCCGAGUCAACGUCUGGACCUGCUGCAACAAGACAGUUGGAAGCAGUAGCCUGGGAGAUGACAGCUGCUGUUUUGGACCGCAUGUCUUCAAAGAAACCGACGGACUCGACUUGCACCGUCGAGAAGCGUUCAUCACUACCAAACAGCUCAUCGAAUCGUUGGACGAGGCACCAACUGACCCACUAGAGAUUGUUGCACUCGACUGCGAGUUGAGCUACACCACGGCGGGCCUCACUUUGACUCGGUUGACCCUGGUGGACGAAGAAGGCGAAAUGAUCCUUGACGAGAUCGUACGCACACGCACCGAAAUCGUCGACUACAACACACGCUUCUCGGGUAUCACAGCGGAGGAAUAUGAGCAGAAGGCUAUCUUCACGCUAGAAGAGGUGCGCAAGACCAUGGCACGCUUUGUCGACGAGAAUACCAUCUUGGUCGGUCACGGCCUGGAGAAUGACCUGCGUGCGAUACGAUUGGUGCAUGACAGACUGGUAGACACGGUGAUGCUCUUCCCGCAUGCACGUGGUUUCCCUUUCCGCACCUCACUCCGAGAUCUGACUGCAAGGUUUCUAGGCAAGAUCAUCCAGAACGGCACCAGCUUGGGACACUCGUCGCUUGAAGACGCAAGGAUGUCGUUAGAGCUGGUGCGACACAAGAUGGUCAACGACCCUACCUCUCCUUUUGCAAGCAGCAAGUCAGAAGAUGACGCGGAGAAAGGUGACAAGGCGACUGGGGUGGAUGUAGAGGUUGAUGGAUCCAAGUCGCCACAACCUCAGACCAGGCCCACCAGCCUGUUUGGUGCAUCCUUGGCCAACGAGAACGCUCGCUCGAUCUUUCAAAAGUGA